AUCCGGCGGACUCUCCCGGAAGGAAGCAAACGCUCCUUCCCUCGCCCCCUCCUACGCCCACCAUCGGGGGGGAGGGAGGGAGAAGCGGGCGCCGCACGUUGGUGGGGAAGGACUCCGCGCCUAAGCCCGUCUGGGGCCGCCUUUCAGUCACGUGCGCCGGCCGCCGCGCUCGGCCCAGCCCGCCGGUUCCCGGAAGGGGGGAGUCUCCAGCUGGCGGCGGCUUCCGGCCGUUUGACUGGUGGCGGGAGCGGGAUGAGUAAAGGCCGCGCGGAUCCGGCCGCAGCCCCCGGGCUCGUCCUGAAUUACCUUCGGGAGCAGAACCGACCCUACAGUGCUCAGGACGUGUUCGGGAACCUGCAGCGCGACCACGGGCUUGGCAAGGCGGCCGUGGUGAAGGCCCUGGAGCAGCUGGCGCAGCAGGGCAGAGUCAAGGAAAAGGUGUACGGCAAGCAGAAAAUCUACUUUGCGGAUCAGAAUGAAUUUGAUACUCUUAGUGACACAGACCUCAAAGGCCUUGACGAUGAAAUUCUGUCACUCACUUCCAAAGUCCAAAGUGUCCAGCAGAGCUGCCGUCACAUGGAAGCUGAACUGAAAGAACUGACCAGUUCCCUGACUACACCAGAGAUGUGUAAAGAGAUUGAGGAGUUAAAAAAAGAAUGUGCAAGUUAUACAGAGAGGCUAAGUAAAAUCAAAACAACUACCAACCAUGUGACUCCAGAAGAAAAAGAAAAGGUGUAUCAGGAGAGGCAGAAGUAUCAUAGAGAGUGGAAGAAACGGAAGAGGAUGGCAACUGAACUGUUUGAUGCAAUUCUUGAGGGUUACCCCAAGAGUAAGAAGCAAUUUUUUGAAGAAGUUGGAAUCGAGACAGAUGAAGAUUAUAAUGUUGUCCUUCCAGACCCCUGAGAACCCUCUUUCUGAAUAACGAAGUCAGAAGAAACUUCCUAAACUUGUUGUAUUGGAGUUGUUUUGAUGCUUCCUGCCCUUUGUGACUAGAGUCUAAAUGUGACUAGACUAAUUGGUACUAAGGAGGCAAAUGGCUGUGUGUUAUAUUAAAUCAGUUUAGUGGAUAUGACUUGAUAAAAAUCAGGAUGAAUUUCCGCUUAAGCAUUUAGUAAAUUUUAUUGCAAUUACAAUUUGAUAUAAAAAUAUUUAAU